AUGACGCUCUUCAACCGCAAAUCAAACCAAAACUCCGACCCAAACAAUAACACCACCGCCGAGGACAAACAGAAAUGGUCGAGAAGGCCGGCCAAUACCGCAUUCAAGCAACAACGUCUCAAGGCUUGGCAACCAAUCCUCACACCCAAAACUGUCUUGCCGAUCUUCUUCUUGAUUGGAAUCACGUUUGCUCCCAUCGGCGGUCUUCUAUUGUGGGGUAGCUCUAAAGUUAACGAAUUCACGAUUGACUACACCAAUUGUGAUAUCGAUGCGCCUCAAGUUCCAGCUGGUGGCGACACGAACAACGGAUUCCAAAAUCUUCCAUCUGAUAAAUAUGGUUACCAUUUCUCCAAUUCCGAUGCCCCAGUUCCCUCACCACCAUCAUGGCUUUUCAUCAACAACCAGGCGAAUCAAAACGUCUCUCUGCGUUCACUGUGUCGACUGACUUUCCAACUGCCAACUCCUCUAGACCCGCCCGUGUUCAUGUACUACAAGCUCACUAACUACUACCAAAACCAUCGUCGAUACGUCAAAUCCCUAUCAAUCGACCAAUUCAAGGGCAAGAAAGUUCCGAUUGAGAAACUGGACCGAGACGACCAAUGCAAACCGGUCGCACGAUCGCCAUCCAACCCCAAUAUCCCCAUUUACCCCUGUGGCUUGAUAGCCAACAGUUACUUCAACGAUACUUUCCUCUCGCCCAUCCUCCUCAACCCCCCGAACUCCAACUCAAAUAGCAUGAUUUACCAAAUGUCUGAAAAAGGAAUCGCUUGGGAAGGAGAAUCAGAAAAAUAUAAACCGACCCAGUACACUAACUCCCAAGUCGCCCCUCCCCCCUUCUGGGCCAACCGCUAUCCCAACGGCUAUACUGAUCAAAACCCGAUACCCAACUUGGCGGCAGAUGAACAUUUUAUGGUUUGGAUGCGCACCGCUGGUCUGCCUACUUUCCGAAAGCUGUAUUUCAGACAAGACACUGAUCGCAUGUUAGCGGGAACCUACAUCAUGGACAUCUACAUGAAUUACCCAGUCCGACCGUUUGGAGGCACGAAAUCGAUCGUCUUUUCCACAGUCAGCUUCAUUGGAGGAAGGAAUCCAUUCUUGGGGGUUGCGUACUUGGUGGUCGGCUCCUUCUGCUUCCUCAUUGGGAUCAUCUUGAGCGUCCGUCAUUUGGUGAAGCCCAGGCGAUUGGGAGACAUGAAAUAUCUUUCAUGGAAUAAACCUAAAUCGAAGUGA